AUGGCGCCAGCUCCCAAUGAAGCUGGACGGCUCGCGGAAGCAGAGGCAGCAGCAAAGACGAAUCCAGCCAAAGCCCAAAAGAUAUAUCAAGAGGUGAUUGCUGAGGGCCCUGGAUCCAGUGAAGCUGCCUCUAGAGAGUAUGAAGUUGCUUUACUGGGCCUAGGAAAGAUUUAUCGAGACCAGAAGAAGCCAAAGGAGCUGGCGGAGCUACUCAAAACUAGUAGAUCUUCGUUCUCUUCAUUUGCAAAGGCCAAGUCCGCAAAGUUGGUUCGCCAGCUGCUCGAUUAUUUCACCGAUAUCCCAAACACACUUGACAUUCAGAUUGCCGUCAUCAAGUCCUGCAUAGAAUGGGCUGUAUCUGAACGACGGUCCUUCCUCCGACAAAACCUUGAAACCAGGCUCGUUGUGAUAUAUAUGCAGAAACAAACAUACUAUGAUGCCCUCACCCUAAUCAACUCGCUUCUCCGCGAACUGAAGCGCCUGGAUGAUAAGCUUGUGUUGGUGGAAGUUCAGCUACUGGAAUCGCGCGUCUACCAUGCUCUUGGGAACCAGCCUAAAGCCCGUGCGGCUUUGACCUCUGCUCGAACAUCAGCAGCAUCUGUCUAUACCCCACCUCUUCUACAGGCGGGCUUGGACAUGCAGAGUGGAAUGCUACACGCUGAGGACAAGGAUUUCAAUACUGCUUUCUCUUACUUCAUCGAAGCCCUCGAGGGUUAUCAUGCCCAAGAGGAUACUAGCAAGGCAACCUCUGCGCUACAAUAUAUGCUCCUUUGCAAGAUAAUGUUGAACUUGGGGAACGAUGUCACUACUUUGCUGGCCUCGAAACAUGCAAUUCGAUAUGCUGGCACAAGCCUAGAAGCUAUGAAGGCCGUUGCCCGCGCACACUCGAACCGGUCAUUAGAGGAAUACGAGAAAGCCCUGUCCGACUAUAGGUAUGAGCUAGGCGGCGAUGUCUUUGUUCGAAACCACCUUCGAAGGCUAUACGACGCCAUGUUAGAGCAGAACCUGAUCAAGGUCAUCGAGCCGUUCAGCAGGGUAGAAAUUGCCCAUGUUGCAAAGAUAGUGGGCUUGGAUACCCAGCAGGUUGAGAAGAAGCUGUCACAAAUGAUCCUUGACAAGGUGAUAAUCGGGGUGCUCGACCAGGGCGCUGGCUGCUUGAUCAUCUUUGACGAGGCCGAGAGGGACAAAGGAUACGAUGCUGCCCUGGAGACCAUCGACCGGCUCAGCACAGUGGUAGAUCUGUUGUACACUAACAAAGCUUCUUUACUAGAGUAG